AUGCGCCUAACGUAUGCUGCAUUAAUUAUCGCGGCAGCUCUGGUUACUAUCAUUGAUGGCACUGACACCGCUGCGGCCGAGACGGAAUCGACUUUGAAAGAGCACGCUUCGACCAAGAAGACCAGCGAGUCAUCUGAGCUAACGGCAGAUGCCUUGGAGGAAAGAGCCACGAGUCGCAGAAGUGGAAGCGGAUACAACAGGAACCAAAUUUACGGAAUGCACACGAGUAUCGGAAUGAUGUACCCGAACAAAACGCCAUAUCUGAACGAAAAACUGCGGCAGUAUCUUCAACGGAUGAUGAAAAAGAAAGCCACGACUACCCGCCGACUUCGAGCCUAA